AUGUGCAUUGAUCCAUCAGUGAAACCAAAAAUUCGAAAAUUGUCUGAAACUUGUUUGGAACAACUUUUUGGACUGGAUGAUCAGCUGAUGACUACAGAAUUGAUGGUAAAAGCAUGUAGCUUUUAUACGGGAAAUUUAGUAAAGAUGUACUUUAGCGCUUGGAAAGACACAGCAAUACCUCGUGCCAGUGAAAGUGAGACUCUGGCUAAAAACAUGAAAAAAGCAAAGGAAUAUGACAAUUUCAGACUUCAAAGAUGGAUAAUCCAUCACUGGCACCCAUAUGUGGAACAUAAAAAACAACAACUUAACGUGGAGGGCAGGAUCAAUCUCUAUGCCUCCCUCCCCCUGCAAAAUUUGAUGUUAAAACAUGAAAUUCAACUGAGAAAAUGGAAAAGUAAGUCAAAAUCAAAAUUAGUUACUGAUGAAGACCUGUCUCCUCAACGAAGUCCAUCUGAAGGCUCUCUUGUAGAUGGGAGUCUGCAAUGUGACAUUUCACUAUUACCUGACAGAGCAAUAUUACAGAUUUUCUACUCCCUCAGUAUAAGAGAUUUGAUGGUAUGUAGUCAAGUUUGUCGCUCUUGGAUGUUCAUGACACAAAGAAGCACAUUGUGGAAUGCUAUUGAUUUUUCCACCUUAAAAGGCAUGGUUAUUGACAAAUAUAUAGUGUCUACCUUGCAAAGGUGGCGUCUAAAUGUGCUACAUUUGAAUUUUCGGGGUUGUCUUCUCAAACCGAAAACUUUGAGAUCUGUCAGCCACUGUAGAAAUUUGCAAGAGUUGAACGUCUCUGACUGCACAACCCUCACAGAUGAAUCCAUGAGGCACAUCUCAGAGGGCUGCCCUGGGGUCCUGUAUCUCAAUCUAUCUAACACAGCUAUCACCAACAGGACGAUGCGACUCCUGCCAAGGAACUUCCACAAUUUACAGAACCUUAGUUUGGCUUAUUGCAGAAAAUUCACAGACAAAGGUUUACAGUACCUGAAUUUAGGGCAAGGAUGUCACAAGCUCACCUAUCUGGACCUUUCCGGCUGCACCCAGAUUUCAGUCCAAGGCUUCAGGAACAUCGCAAACAGCUGCAGUGGAAUUAUGCAUCUGGUCAUCAACGAUAUGCCAACACUGACAGACAACUGUGUCAAGGCUUUGGUUGAGAAAUGCUCUCAUAUCACAUCAAUAAUUUUCAUUGGGGCACCACAUAUCUCUGAUUGUACUUUCAAAGCUCUUUCCAGUUGUAACCUCAGAAAGAUCCGAUUUGAAGGAAAUAAAAGGAUUACUGAUAAUUCCUUCAAAUAUAUAGACAAACAUUAUCCAAAUAUCCAUCACAUUUACAUGGUGGACUGCAAAAGAAUAACAGAUGACAGCCUCAAGUCUCUUUCAGUUUUGAAGCAGCUGACUGUGUUGAAUUUGGCAAAUUGUAUAAGAAUUGGUGAUGUAGGACUCAAGCAAUUCCUCGAUGGUCCUGUGAGCAUAAAGAUAAGAGAGCUAAAUUUAAGUAACUGUAUACAUCUGGGUGAUGCUUCCAUUGUGAGACUAUCAGAGCGCUGCCCUAAUUUAAACUACUUGAAUUUACGGAACUGUGAACAGUUAAGUGAUGUAGGAAUUGAGCACAUUGUAAACAUCUUUCCCUUGGUGUCUGUGGAUCUCUCUGGGACACUCAUCUCGAAUGAGGGUUUGAUGAUACUUUCCAGACAUAAAAAAUUAAAGGAACUUUCUCUAUCUGAGUGUUAUAAAAUCACCGAUGUGGGAAUUCAGGCAUUCUGCAAAGGCUCACUGAUCUUGGAACACUUGGAUGUCUCUUACUGUCCUCAGCUGUCAGAUGAGAUUAUCAAAGCACUGGCCAUAUACUGCAUUAGUCUCACAUCUCUGAGCAUUGCUGGCUGUCCAAAGAUUACUGACUCUGCAAUGGAACUAUUAUCUGCAAAAUGCCAUUACCUGCACAUGCUGGAUAUCUCAGGUUGUAUCCUGCUUACUGACCAAAUCCUUGAGAACCUCGAGAGAGGCUGCAGUCAACUCCGGAUCCUUAAGAUGCAAUACUGCAGACUUAUUUCCAUGGAAGCAGCUUUCAGAAUGUCAACUUUAGUUAAGUACCAAGAAUACAACCCCAAGGACCCUCCAUAUUGGUUUGGCUACGACUGUGAAGGCAAGCCUCUUAAAGAACAACAAAAAACAACAUCUAAAGAUGACUUAGACUUGACAUUUAAUGACUCAAUAAGCAGUAGUGAAGAAGAAACAGCAUAG